GCCUGUCCACAGAGGCAGCCCCUACAGGCCUUGCGGCGUCUUACGAAAACGGUGCCAUCGGAAGACGAACGCAGAGCCAGUCAGUCAAACAUGGCAGUCAAGGCAGCAGCAGCCCCGCGGGGCGUGGACCAGUGCUGGUACGUGGCUAUCAUCUGCGCCAUGACCACAUUCCUCACUUCCGCCACCAUACGGUCAUCGGGCUUCCUUUACAUCGGAAUCAUGAGAGAAUUCCAAGCAGACCGUGGCCAAGCAGCUUGGCCUAUUUGCCUCAUGGGAGCCAUGGCCAAUAUGGCUGGACUCGUGGCUGGGCCACUCAGCCAGAAAUACACACCGCCACCGGUCAUGUUGGCCGGUAGCAUAAUAAUGGCUGGAGGAAUCAUUGCUUCAAGUUUCGCACCGAGCAUAAUAUGGAUGGCUGUGACUCAGGGAAUAGUUUUUGGCAUAGGAUCAGGCCUGGUGUUCAUGACUCUUCCGGUCUUCAUCAACCAGUACUUCGACAAGUACAGGGGCUUCGCACUCGGCAUCACUUACACUGGCUCCACGAGCUCUGCCUUUGUGUUUCCACGGUUGUUGCUGUACCUAGAGAAGACGUACAACUUCCGGAGCAGCAUGAUGAUUUUCGGUGCUAUUGUCGGUCACGUGAUCCCCAUUAGCCUCCUCCUGAAAGAGCCGCCGUGGAUUCGCCGCAAACGUGUUGAGGACAAACUGGCUUCCAAGCAUGCCAAAGAAGUGUUUACAAUUGAGAAAAAAGCCAUAGGAGAGCAAUCGAACAGCACCCAGAACGGCGUGCUUCCGAGUGACACAGAUAACGUUAACGCGAAAGAGAAAGCAAAAAGACACGUUAAUCCUUGGAGCCUCCGACAUGGAUUCACGGUGCUCAAGAGUCCCAUGUUUUACGUGGUGAUGUUGACGUAUAUCUUGUUUGGUUACAACUUUGACGUGUUCAUGGCCACGAUCGUUGACUUUGCCAUCGACAGGGGCACGUCGUUGGAAGCAGCCGUGGGACUUAUACCACUUUUCUCCAUGACUGACACGUUCGGACGCCUGUGCAUUCCUCUGCUGGCUGACAGGGGGUACGUGACGCGCAGUACUCUGGCCAUGUUCGCCUACCUGUGGUUGGCUAUAGUGCUUCAAGUGUUUCCACUUGUGUGUGACUACUACCAGCUCCUGGCCGCCUGUCUGUGCCUCGCUAUGGCGAAUGGGUGCAGCGUCACCAUGUAUCCGACUCUUAUGGCUGACUACAUGGGCAUUCAGAGGCUUCCCAUCAGCUAUGGUAUCGUCGGUACGGUUGCCGGUCCGUUGUUUAUCAUGAAGCCACUUUUUAUAGGCUAUUUCCGAGACAACGUAGGUGCCUACGACAACAUGUACAGAUUCCUAUCGUGCGGCCUUUUCGUGUUGGGCUUUAUUUGGAUAGCCGUGUGCCUGAGCGAGAGCCGCAAGCGCAAGGCAUGGCAGCCACCUGCAGAGGGAGCGACGGAAGCCUUCGUUGUUGCUGGUCAUGCCAUCUACUGUAACCCUGGCUUUGUGGUCAUGGAGCCUGGUUGCAGCGAAGAAGAACACACAGCAUCGAACACGCCAAAACCGACUCUGGUGUGCCAUAGUGGUUCAUCAUGAGACUUCGCGGAUUAGUGGGUCGUUGAAAACAAGUUAACUCCUAUCCCAUUAAGUGCCUAGAUGUUCAGUUCGUUAAGAAAAGAGCGACUGCAUACGGCAGCAUGGGAAAGCCGAGAAAUACGGGUUGUUACACAAUUUAUUCGAUACCAGGAACUCGUUCGAUAAGAACCUUUACGCUUACAUAUCGGCUACAUGAAUGUCGUUCAAGCAACACGACUGUUCAUGACCUUGCGAAACCAUGACUGCCGUUCCCCUGUGACAUACGCAAUUCAGUCUAGCGCAUAUUUGGUCAAAGAUAUACAGGAGCACACUUACGAAAAGCGCAUAACAUUAGUGUUUGAAACUUCGGCCAUGGCACGGCCUUCGUCAAAUUUGUUGGAAAUGCAAGCCUCAACCCACUUUAAGGGGCAUCAGCCCGAGACCACAGUGAAGCUCUAACAUUAGUAAACAAGUAAAAAAUCUACGAUAUAAAUAUACUACGGGGGGUAGAUCAUACGCAAGAAAAAGCCCUUACAAUGAUGAGGUAUUGACUAAAGAAGUCACGAGGGUUGAAGUAUAUAGUGCCGUACAGUAUUGGCCUGUGGCAUCUCCCUUUUUACGCAACGUAUUGUUAAUAUUACGCACCUUAUAGUUUCAACAAUCUGACUUUCACGAGCAGUGCGCGUUCUUUCCCCUGUUUUUAAACACGACUGCAUUGAUUACUUGUACAGAAACAAUGAUAACUACAAACAGCGGCCUAAUUCCAUAAAUUCUAGAGUGUUUUCUAUAUGAAGACAUAUUAUUUUGUUUUCCUAUGGAGGCGGAAAUGUUGUAGGCCCGUGUGUUCAGAUUUGGGUGCAUGUUAA